AUGUCUAAGGCAAAGGGGCAUGCACGGCAAUUUGCCGAAUGGGCAGAACAACCAGUCAAAGACUUCGAUCCCGAAGUAGAAGUCCCAGAUGAGGACGAUGUCAGUGGAAGCGAAGAUAGCGUAGACGAAAACGCUGGUACAGAACAUUAUGUUGCUGUAAGCAAAAGCAAACUUCGUCACAGAAACCCUGUUGCGCUAGGACCCCAAUACCGGGGUGCUCCCGUGAGUCGAGAAGCCCUUGGUGACGAAGAGGACGACGACGAGAGCGAAGAGGAUGAGGAAGAUGAUGAAGAGGAGGAAUUGGAAGGUUUUGAUGAUCCCGACACGGCCGAUCUCGAAGUUGACCAAGACAAUCAAGACGAUGCGGAGAUCGACAGCGAUAACGCCUUCGAUGAGACCGACGAACAGAAAUUCAAAGAUUUUGUGUUUAGAGGAAGCUCUCAGGCUAUGCCAAAGAAAGGCAAGAGAGUCGCAAGACCUACUGCUGCGGACUACAUGGUAUCCGAUGAGGAAGAUGACGACAGCGAUGGGGCACAACUUGAUGGGGAAGACUCCGAGGAUAUCGAUGAUGACGAAGAUGCUUCCGAUGAGGAAGGAAUUGGCGGCUUCAUAGAUGACGAGGCGGAAGAGGAUGAGGACGAAGAUGAUGAGGAUGACUUGGACGAAGAUAUGGAGGAUAGCGACGAAGAGUUGGAUGAGCAGGAAGAGGAUGACGACCCCAAAGACGCAGCGCAGGCCAAUGGGAUGAGCCGUGCAACAAUCCAAGAGAUGAUGAGUGCUGGCCAGCGCAGUGUGGCUAGUACUUUAUCAACAGCGGCUCAAAAAGAUGUUGCAAAAGGGAAGGCGGUCCGACAACAGCGAAAGGCCUUUGAUGCACUCCUCAACAUCCGUAUACGACUACAAAAGUCACUCGUCGCAGUCAACUCGUUCAGUACCAUUGAGGAACUAGGAGGUCAAUCAGAACCAUACGAAGCAGCUGAAGCAGCCGCGUUAAAGCUAUGGAAUACAAUUGAUGGGUUCCGCACGAGUAUACAAUCCGACUCGUCAGGAAAGACAGGGCAAAAAAGGAAGCGAGUUGCCGAUACAGAUACGUCCAGUCAAGACAUGUGGGAAAAUAUGGAGAUUGUUGAGCAGCGCGCAAUUAUCCGACGCAGAGCGGUUCUGGAGAAGUGGUCGCAUAGCGCCCGGAAUAUAAGGAUGAUGGAUAGGUCGUCGCGCAAAUUUACCAAUACGGCAGAGAAAUCCCUGAUUACGAGGCUAGAUGAAGAGCUUGAUGCACCGGAACGGCUUAUCAAACGAACCCAGACACCACGAUCGUGCGCUCCGGCACAAAUCGCAAAGAAAAUUAAUGAAGAUCCAGCUAUCUACGACGAUGCUGAUUUCUACCAGCUGCUAUUAAAGGAGCUUGUUGACCAACGUUCUGGAGAUACGUCCGGCGCCCCGGGUGGCCCCGCAGCGACGAUCCGGUUCGCCGCCGUAAAAGAAGCGAAAGCGAAGAGGCAUGUGGAUACUAAGGCUAGCAAGGGCCGAAAGAUGCGCUUCAAUGUCCAUGAUAAACUACAGAACUUCAUGGCACCGGAAGAUCGCCGAAGUUGGGAGCAAAACGCCAUCGAUCGCUUCUUCGGGACUCUAUUCGGUCAAAAACUCGUGCUGAACGAGGACGAAGACGAUGAUAAGGAGGCGUCCGAUGAGGAAAUGGGCGGCGCGCCGAUUAACGAUGGAGGCAUUCGACUAUUUAGAGAUUAA